AUGGAGAAUUUUAUCACUGGCUACCCAGGUCACGAGCAUGAACAUCGUGCCGCGAUGGCCUCCGUACUCGGCCCUCAGAAAGCUCAGUUCUUCUUCGAUCGAUUUCUUCAUCACUUCUUCACCGAGUCUGACGCUGAGUUUUUCGCUUCAUUGGGCCUGAACUGUAUCCGCGUCCCCUUCAACUACCGCCACUUCCUCGAUGACCAGCAACCCGGUGUGAUCAAGCAAUCCGGCUUUGAUCUGCUUGACCGCAUCGUCGGUAUCUGUGGUAAAUACAACCUUUACGUCAUUCUCGACCUCCACGCCGUUCCUGGCGGACAGAACCAGGACUGGCACUCCGACAGCGGCCUAUCCCGUGCGUUGUUUUGGGACUUCCGUGUCUUCCAGGAUCAGGUAGUCGAUCUCUGGGUCGAGAUAGCAAACCACUACGCCGGUAACCCCGUCAUUGCUGGCUACAACCCGCUCAACGAGCCCGCGGACCCAGAGCACGUCCGGCUGAUAGCAUGGUACGAGCGUGCUGAGAAGGCCAUUCGUGCAGUGGACGCCGACCAUAUCCUUUUCAUCGACGGCAACACAUAUGCUAUGGACUUCUCACACUUUAACACCGUGCUUCCGAAUACUGUAUACGCAUGUCAUGACUACGCAAUGCUGGGGUUUCCCAUCCCGGGCCAAGCGCCCUAUUCAGGCACGCAAGAGCAGAAAGCGAAGCUGAGGCGGCAGUUUGAGCGCAAAGUCAAGUUUAUGCGCGAAAAGGGCGUGCCGAUAUGGAACGGAGAAUUCGGGCCUGUAUAUGCCGAUCCCAGAGCCGACAAGGAUGCCGAGGUCACAGAUCGCUCGAGGUUAGGCGUGUUAGAGGAACAGCUGAAAAUCUAUGCGGACAGCGAUGUAAGCUGGAGUAUCUGGCUCUAUAAAGACAUAGGAUACCAGGGCAUGGUAUACCUUGACCCAGAGUCAGCGUACAUGAAGCUUACCGCACCUUUCGUGGCGAAGAAGCAGAAGCUCGGUCUCGACUUCUGGGGCUGUAUGGAUAAAGAGGGAGUGAAAGAUGUAUACGGCCCGUUUAUUCAAGGACUGAAGGCAAUGGUACCGGAGCACCUGCUAGACAAGAAGUAUCCAAAAAUUUGGACGUUUGAUCGUCAGGUAGAGAGGGUGGUGAGAGAGUGCUUACUCAGCGAGUAUAUGGGGUGGGAAUUUGCGGAGUUGUUUAAGGGGAAGACAGAAGAGGAGCUGGAGGAGUUGGCGAGGAGCUUCAGAUUUGAAGCAUGUGUUAAAAGGACUGGAUUGAACGAUGUCUUGAGAGAGGAUGCAGAGGCUUCGGAAGAAAGGGUUAUGAAUAGAGGAUAG